AUGACUUCCGCCCACACUCCAGGGGCCGCUGGCCAGAUGCCAAGGGCCUACAACGCCGCCGAUGUCGAGCGGCGCAUCUACCAGCACUGGCUCGACAAGGACUACUUCCACGCCGUUCCGCAGAAAGGCCGCCAGCCCUACGUCAUCAUCAUGCCCCCGCCCAACGUGACCGGUGAGUUGCACCUUGGCCACGCGCUGGAAAAGGCGCUGGAAGACGCACUCAUUCGCUACCGCCGCAUGACCGGCGUACCGACCCUGUGGCUCCCCGGCACCGACCACGCAGGCAUUGCCACUCAGUGGGUCGUCGAACGUCAGCUCAUCGAUGAAGGCACAAACCGUCACGACAUCGGGCGCGAGGCCUUCGUCGAACGCGUCUGGGAGCACGUCGAAAGAUCCGGCGGCAUCAUCCACGAGCAGUCGCGCCGGCUCGGUAUCUCCGCUGACUGGGAACGCCACAAAUUCACCCUGGACUCCGGACCCAGCAACGCGGUCCGCACCACCUUCGUCAGCCUGUACGAUAAGGGCCUGAUCUACCGCCACGAGCGGAUUAUCAACCGCUGCGUCCGUUGCGCCACCGCCCUAUCCGACUUGGAGGUGGACUACCAGGACGUUGACGGGCACCUCUAUCACAUCCGCUACCCGUUGGAGGAUGAACCCGAAAAGUACGUCACUGUAGCGACCACUCGCCCCGAGACCAUGCUCGGCGACACCGGCGUCGCGGUGCAUCCCGACGACCCCCGCUAUGACGGCAUCAGGGGACGGAACGUCGUCCUCCCAAUCAUGGGACGCGUCACUCCCGCCCACGACCCGGUGGACUUCGAGGUCGGCCAACGCCACCGCCUCGACGCCCCCAAUGUCAUCGGCGAAGAUGGCAAUAUGACCUCCGUGACCGGCAAGUACGCAGGCGUGGAGCGCUUUGAGGCCCGCCGUCGCGUUGUCGAAGAAUUGGAUUCACUGGGCGUGCUCGAAAAGGUCGAACCGCACAGCCACUCCGUCGGCCACUGCCAGCGCUGCGCCACCGUCGUUGAGCCGCUCAUAAGCAUGCAGUGGUUCGUCAACAUCGGCAGCCACGAACAGCCCGACAGCAUCGCCGGCAAGGCCUACCGCGCCGUGACCGAGGGCGAAAUCCGAAUCGUCCCAGAGCGAUUCACCCGCGUCUACCUGAACUGGCUCGAGAACAUCCGCGACUGGUGCAUCAGCCGCCAGCUCUGGUGGGGACACCGCAUCCCCGUCUGGUACUGCGGACCUUGCGGCCACAUGACCGUCGCCAUGGACGACCCGGACGCAUGCGAGUCCUGCGGCUCGACCGACAUCCUCCAGGACCCCGACGUCCUCGACACCUGGUUCAGUUCCGGUCUCUGGCCUCACUCCACCCUCGGCUGGCCCCCGGACCUGUCGGACAAGGGAAAAUCCGACGACUUCGACUAUUUCUAUCCCACGACGGUGUUGGAAACGGGGUACGACAUCCUGUUUUUCUGGGUCGCCCGCAUGAUCAUGCUGGGCAUCGAGAACACCGGCAGGCCGCCCUUCAACACCGUCUAUCUGCACGGCCUCAUCCGAGACGGCUCCGGCGCCAAGAUGAGCAAGACCCGUGGCAACACCAUGGAUCCGCUGGACCUGCUGGAUAAGUACGGCACCGACGCUCUGCGAUUCGCUCUCACCACCGGUACCGCGCCGGGUAAUGACCUGCGUUUCACCGGGAACCGCUUGGAAGCAGGGCGCAACUAUGCAAACAAGAUUUGGAACGCCUCCCGUUACGUCAUCAGUCAGCUCGAGGGAAAGCGUGGCCUCGAAGGGUGGAGCAACGUCGUCCCCGAACACCGCGAGGACCGUUGGAUCGUUAGCCGCCUGGACCGCAUGACCACCGACGUCAACCGCGCCCUGGAAAACUUUGAACUCGGUGACGCACAGCAGCGUCUCCACGAGUUCAUCUGGAACGACUACUGCGACUGGUACAUCGAGAUGGCCAAGAUUCGUCUCCGAAACAACAACGACCCGUCGCCGCUGCCCACGCUAGCCCACGUGCUCGAGCGCAUCCUGCGCCUUCUGCACCCCUUCAUGCCCUUCAUUAGCGAAGAGAUCUGGCAGACCCUGAAGUCCGAACUGCCCCAGGAAAAGCUCUCUGGUAAUGGUGAGCUUGUCGAACCACCGGACUCGAUCAUGAUCGCCCCUUAUCCCGCGUCGGGGGAACGGAUCGACCAGGCGGCAGAGGAGGAGAUCGCGCUGGUGCAACAGGCGGUGCGCGCCGUUCGCAAUACCCGGGCCCAUCUCCGCAUCCCCGCCGCUCAGCACCUCGAGGCCCUCGUCGAAGCCAACGGCCAGCGAGAGGCUAUUGAGGACGAGGCCGACGUCAUCCGUACCAUGUCCCGUAUCGAGCCGCUACGCAUCGUCUCUGGUCCAGCGGAAAGUGGCCCAGGGGUCCGCGGUGUAACCCUCGUCGUCAGUCCACUGGUGGUGCGCCUCCCGCUUGAGGGCGUUGUCGAUCUGGAAGCCGAGGGCGAACGCCUGCGAGCCGAACUGGUCGACUGCGACCGCAACCUGGACCGGGUCGAGAAGCUGGUCUCCAACCCGAACUUCAGGGAGAAGGCCCGUCCCGACGUGGUUGAAAACGAGGAGGCCCGCCUCGCCGACCUGCGUGAUCGCAAGCAGCGCCUCGACGAAAUUCUGCAACAGUUGGGGCGGUAG